AUGGACCGCGAACCACACUCAAAAUCCUUUGAAGAUAAGACUCUCUCGUACACCCUCCUGUUGAUUGUUUGUCUGUUUACCCCCCAUCUAGCAACCAACCCCCACAGGGUUUAUAAUAUCACCUGGAAAGUAGCCAACCUAGAGACCGGGGAAAUAGCCAACCUCAGCACUUAUAUAGGGACUAUACACGAUGGGUUCCCUCCUCUCUAUGUCGACCUAUGUGACCUAGUGGGGUCUGAUUGGGAUCCCUCGGACCAGGAACCAUUCCCGGGUACGGAUGCCAUUAGCUGGGGGAAGGAUGAGAACAUGGAAAAAGGAUUUUAUGUCUGCCCCGGUCAUAAACCAACCGACAAAUGCGGGGGGCCACAGGAGGGAUAUUAUGCAAGCUGGGGAUGUGAAACCACAGGAGAUGCUUAUUGGAAACCCUUCUCCUCUUGGGACUUCAUUACCCUCAAAAGGAGGGAAAUCCCCGGGUACAUAGAGACAGGGUCACGGAAAUGUGGGCUUAAAAUCUGUGGACCCUGUUAUGACAGUACCAAAGGGGGAAAUAUUAAAGGCGCCACCCCCGGAGGAAAAUGCAACCCCCUCAUCCUAAGGUUCACAGAUGCUGGAAAAAGGACUACUUGGGAUAGUCCUAAAGUCUGGGGACUCCUGCUGCACCGAGCAGGGAAAGAUCCGGUGACCUUAUUCUCCCUGUACAGACAAAUUACUCCCCUAAGCCAACAAUCAGUCGGGCCAAACCCAGUAAUAGCGGACCAGAGGGCCCCAACCCAAUUCCAAGUCCCUGAACCCCCUACCUUCCCUAAAGCUUUCACUCCUACCCCAGGUGCUGUUAUCUCCUCCCCCUCCCCAGACGCCCUAAACAUCAAGAUAACCAGGGACCCUCCAGGUACCGGAGAUAGAUUAUUACAAUUAAUCCAAGGAGUUUACCAGGCCUUAAAUUUUUCAGACCCCAACAAGACUCAGGAAUGCUGGUUAUGCCUAGUUUCCCGGCCUCCAUAUUAUGAAGGUGUGGCAGUACUGGGCAACUACUCUAACCAGACCUCAGCACCUACCAGUUGUGGAGCAGCCAUGCAACACAAGCUCACAAUAUCUGAGGUCUCAGGAAAGGGGCUAUGCAUAGGCAGGGUUCCUCCAUCACAUCAACAAUUAUGUAACCAAGUAGAGCCAUUAUCUCAAGACAGCCGAUACCUUAUUGCCCCUUAUGGAACUUAUUGGGCUUGCAGUACUGGCUUGACUCCCUGUGUCUCUACCACUGUCCUCAAUACCACCAUUGACUUUUGUAUAUUGAUAGAGGAAAAUCAACGAUAUAAGAGGGAGCCAAUAUCCUUUACCGUGGCCCUAUUAUUAGGAGGGAUAACAGUGGGGGGCAUAGCAGCUGGCAUAGGGACCAGUACAGUUGCCUUACAGGGAAUUAAUCAUUUUAAGCUUCUACCAACCAUGCACACAGAUAUCCAGGUCCUAGAAGAGUCAGUCAGUGCACUCGAGAAAUCCUUAACAUCACUCUCUGAGGUAGACUUGCAGAACAGACGAGGGCUAGAUUUAUUAUUUCUACAGGAAGGAGGACUAUGCGCUGCCCUCAAGGAAGAAUGCUGUUUUUAUGCAGAUCAUACAGGAAUAGUUAGGGACACUAAUGCUGAUGAGGGCGAGUGGCGGAUGUCUCCCUCCUGCGCCUCCCCAAUCCCCACCCCUGCCGGCCUGCAAUUUCCCCGCCGCCGCAUGUCCGGCCGCCGGUUCCCUCUAAAGCUGGUCCACCCCGGCGGGCCCCCAUGCCCCUUGCCCACCCGCCUGGCACCGUGCCCCGGGGCUGGGGCCGAGCAAGGAGCCAUCUCUGAAGCCUCGGCACGAGAGCAAACACCAA